AUGUUUAAACUUCCCAGCUAAGAUGAUAGCGAAGAUAACUCGUCUUUGAAGUUCGACCUCACACUUAAAUAAUAAAACACAGAGCCUAUGAAUAGAGCAAAAGAUGACGGUUCAAACAGUGGAGAAUCCGGUGACGAUAUCAAUAAAGCAAAUGGAAAAGUAACCGGAUUUUUAAAGAUGAGCUUUGAAGAUCUCAAUAAGGAUUUCAGGCUACCAGAUACAUAUAGAAAGAUUAAGAAGCUUGGUGCUGGAGCAUAUGGCAAAGUUAUCCAGGUAUCAUACUUACCUACAAAGAAGAAUUACGCUAUAAAGAGAUUUGAAGAAGUAUUUACACGAGAGCUAAGAGCACGAAGACUGUUGCGAGAGUUAACCAUUUUAAAAAAUGUUUAGCACCCAUGCUUGAAUAAACUUAAAUGGGUUAUACCACCUGAAGAUUUCGAUAACUUUAAUGAAGUUUAUCUUGUAUUAGAUCCUUGUGAUAUGGAUUUAAAAAAGUUACUGAAGUCAUCUAAGCAUUUACAGGAAGUUUAGGUUAAGUCAAUUAUAUACGACAUACUAUGUGGACUUAACUACCUGCAUAAAUGUCAAAUCAUUCAUAGAGACCUUAAGCCAGGAAAUAUUCUAGUGAAUGAUGACUGCACCAUAUAAAUAUGCGAUUUUGGACUAGCAAGAAGUUUAAAAGGUGUAUUUGACAAAGGAGUGGAUGUUUUUUUCAAUCCUAAUAGUUAAAUAUAAUCAGUUGAAACUGAAGAGGAGGAUGUUUAAACAGCAGCCUCAACAGCAUUGCAUAAAGGGGAAAAUGGUUCAAUAAAUCUGGAUGUAGCAGCCAAGAAUGAUUAGAUGGUAAAUUUACUAGACAUAAAUGAUAGUAAUGAUAUUUUAAGUGAAUAGCAGAUAGAACAGCAAAAAUAAAAAAUAGAGGAAUUAAAGGAAGAAUAAAAAGUAUAAACAUCUAUAACAAAACCUUCGUCCCUUGCAAAAACUAAAUUAACAAAAACAAAAGGUGUCAGGUUCAAUGAACCCUAAGGUAAUAAUAAUGAUCAGCAAUAAUAAAGACCAUCAAUGAAAGGAAAAUAACUAACAUAGCAUGUGGUCACUAGGUGGUAUCGUGCACCAGAAGUUAUUCUCCUUUAAGAUGCAUAUACAUCUGCAAUAGAUAUCUGGUCAGUUGGGUGCAUUUUUGCAGAAUUAUUAAGUAUGAUGAAGGAAAAUUUUGCAACUGUCUUCGAUAGACAGCCGCUCUUUCCAGGAAAUUCAUGCUUUCCACUUUCACCUGGAGCAUCUUAAAACCCAGAUGAUGAUAUAAAAGAAUUCGCAAAUGAUAAACUAAAAAAUGACUAACUAUCUAAGAUAUUCGAGGUGAUAGGAACACCAGGAGUAAUGGAAGAUCUAGAAUUUAUAAAACAAGAUAACGCCAUUAAAUAUAUCAAGAGUUUUCCAAGAAGAGAGAAGCAAGAUUUAUCUGAAAGAUAUCCUGGCACUGACCUGAAAGGAAUUAAUAUAUUGUACAAGAUGCUUGAGUUCAACCCAGCUAAGAGAAUAGAAGCUGUGGAGGCUCUAAAGGAUUCGUACUUUGAUGAAGUAAGGAUCCCUGAGCAAGAAAAUUUUUAACCUAAUGAGAUCGAUCUAACCUUUGACAAUGACGAGCUCUCAGUUGAAGAAGUUAAACAACUAGUCAUUAGCGAAAUUAAAAGAUGCAUUUAAAUUUGA